AUGCCACCGAAUGAGCAAUCUUCGGAAGUCAUUGAAGCCUCUUCCUUCUCGCUACACGUAGUUUUUAAUAAUUUGGACAAAGCAUUAGUUGAGGAGAGAGAUGUAAAGCUCGUUGAAUUCAUUAAAGCUUACGAAGAAUUGAAUAAAUUUAUUGGCAUAAUGGGAAAAAUAUUCCAAUUCGUUAAACUUGAUGUCAACGCAAAAAUUGGAACCUUGACUAAACUCAUCGACAGCAACACGGAGAACUAUGAGACCGUGAACGCAAUGUUGUACUACGAGCAUAAAUUGAAAAAAAAACCUGGUUCAACUGCUUUUCUCGGGUUGCACAGAGCGCUGGAAUUCAUAGUGGAUUUUUUGCAAUGUUUGAUAGUUGCUAAAGAUGAAGACAACGUCCCUCAACUAUGUCGCCAAUCUUACGAAAAAACGCUAUCUAGGUUUCAUGCUUGGAUGGUCAGGAAGGCCGUGGAUCUCGCUUCAUACACUUUACCUAAUAGGCGGCAACUGAUCGACGGAAUCCAGGGAGUUUCUUCUGACGAUGAAGUUCGGGAGAUUGCGAUUUGUGUAAUAGAGCGUGGCCAAUCCAUAUACAAACUGAACCAAUUAACUUAUGAUGAGUUAAAGUUGAACAAUCUCCUCUAG